AUGUGUGGUGAAUCCUCUCGAUCAACAUCCGGCGGAACCAUCGCGGUCCUCUUCCCUCUCGAUAGGUGUUGUGAUAGAGACAGUUCCGAGAGAUCUCUAUCUUCAUCCCCCCAGUCUACAAGUUCCGUGACCACUUCCUCAUCAUAUUCGACAUCCUCUUCCUCCUAUUCGCUCUUUUUUCAAGAACCAGAGAAUCGCAGUCCUGGCGAUAAAAAGACAAAGGCCCUCCUUCACUUUGCCGACGGCGAAACCUAUCAGACUUUCUGUGAUCAUCCCGAGGUGGAAAUUCGAAUCGAGAAGCAUGGAGAUCUCUCUGCACGUCUGUUCGAGAUGACGCCGUUGCAUGCUUUCCGCUUAGAUCUCUCCAAGGGCGUACGGACGAGCAAUGAGCAAGGCGGGAGAGAGAUUGAAGUAGAUCUGAGAGAAUGUUUGGAUCUGACGGUGUCGGCCCGUGGUGUGGUUGGGCGGCAGGUUACUCUCUGUAGUUUGGAUGGAACAGCGCUGGGAACGGGGAUUAUUGGAUAUAACUGA